UAUAUAUGAAUAAACUUUCAUACCUCCAUGUACAUUCGUCGAAUAUCGUAACGAAGUUAAUUAGCAGUACGUAAUAUCUCAUACAUAUACACCAUAUAUGGAUCCAUACGCGGAUCUUAAGACGCCGCCAACCACAGCUGCCACCGUCUCCGACGUGCCCGGUGGCGUAGGGGCGGAGGAGAGCACGGUGGUGGGGAUGGUGAUGCAGCAGCCCGUAGCGGAUAUGGGAGCCAGGACGCCGGAGGAGGAGAUCAGGAAGAUGAAGGUGAUGGUGGCACUGGACGAGAGCGACGGGAGCUUCUACGCCCUGAGGUGGACCCUAGACCACCUGUUCAGGGGCCGCACUCUCGAGGAGAAUGACCGGCUCGGGAGGGUCACGGUGGUCCACGUCCAGCAGCCCUUCCAGCAGUACGUCUUUCCCGCCGGGCCCGGCGGAUCAGUUCGGCCAUGUUCGCAUUUGCGAUGUACGUACACGUACGCAGCUUUCUACGCGUCAUCUGCGGUGGUGGAGUCCGUGAAGAAAGCCCAAGAAGAAAAUGCGACCUUCAUCCUCUCCCGGGCGCUCCAAAUGUGCAGAGAAAAAUUGGUGAAGGCGGAGUCGUUGAUAAUGAACGGGGACCCGAAGGACAUGCUAUGUCAAGCCACGGAGCAGAUGCAUAUGGACCUCCUCGUCGUGGGCAGCCGCGGCCUCGGCAUGAUCAAGAGGGCAUUCCUGGGGAGUGUGAGCGACUACUGCGCUCACCAUGCGAAGUGUCCCAUCCUUAUUGUGAAGCCACCCAAGGAAGUGACUAAUAAGUAGUUAGGGACUCAACUCACUCAAAGUCCUAGCUAGCGAAUAAGAAUGGCUUGGCUUGUAACAAAGGAUCGUGUGGAUGUAGUCAUGAAGGCGGCUUAUGUAUAGUACAUUUUGCAAUUUCAUUGCUGUA